AUGAUUCGAUCACUUCCCGAGAGAAUACAAUCAACGAAUCUUUUACGGGAAAUGAGAAAAGAAGAAUAUUUAACACAACAAGAAUAUAGACACAUUAAACCUCUAGUUUGGGUUCCAGCAAAGUUAUAUGCUCCACCAAAAACUCGCAAGGCUAAUAUACCUCGGCGUCCAAUAGUAUCAUGCACACAGUCAGAUAACUAUCGUAUCGGUAAAUUUCUCGCUAGCAUUGGUACUCAUUUCUUAUUUAAUAAAAAAUUCUAUGAUCAACGUGAUGGUGUCUCCAUGGGUACGCCAACGGCAGUGCUUUUUGCUGAAAUAUUCAUGGAGAACUUUGAGGAGAAGCAUCCGUCCAUUUUACUGAACGGUAAUAAUACAAAAUUACUUGUCUGGCAUCGAUAUGUCGACGACACGUUUACAAUUUUCAAACACGAUGUAAAGGAAGACGAAAUUCGACAGUUAUUGAACACGCUUCAUCAAUGCAUUAAGUUUACAGCAGAAGCCGAGACCAAUUGUAGUAUGCCAUUUCUUGAUGUAUUGGAUCGACGAGAGAAUGAUGAUUUUGAUACAACUGUAUGCAGGAAAAAACGAGAUUGUCUUUUACGAAAAGUAUAUAAAACAGCACCCAUCAAUGUAUAUGUUAACAGAGCACACCGUAAAUGUUCAACACCAGAUUUCUUAAAUGAUGAACUACAGUAUAUCCAACUCAUGGCCAGCUUCAAUAAUUAUCCGCCUCAAUUUGUCGAAAAAAUAAUCAAUAUACAAUGA